GAUUUUUAGGAUUAUGUACGGACAUCAACUUAUCAGUCAGCAAUGCUACAGAAUUCGAUUGAUUUCAAAGAUAAAGUGGUGGUUGAUGUAGGAGCUGGUUCUGGUAUUCUCUCAGUGUUUGCUGUUCAAGCUGGUGCUAGGAAAGUGUAUGCUAUAGAGGCCAGCAGUAUGGCAGUUCACUGUCAGAAGCUAAUCAAAUCAAACAAACUAGCUAGUAAAAUCAUAGUAAUUGCUGGCAAAGUUGAAGAGAUCGAUCUACCUGAGACAGUUGAUGUUGUUGUAUCGGAGCCCAUGGGUUAUAUGCUCUUCAAUGAGAGGAUGCUGGAGAGCUAUGUACAUGCAAGGAAGUGGCUUAAACCUGAUG